AUGGAGGGGCGAGUGCCAGGUCGUGGAGCAAGAGGCCGGUAUAUAAAGGCAGCGACGUUAGCCCAGAACACAGCAUCCACCACCAUGAAGCUUCUGCCUUGCUGGCUGUGGCAGCAGCCAAGCCCCAAUACGACCUUUCAUCCCCCUCUUGGUGGCGCCUUUCCGUUGGUCUCGGAGGACACGGCGGCUGGAGCUGGAGGCUUCGGCAGCGGCGCUGGAGGCUUCGGCGGCGGCUCUGUAGGCUUCGGGGGCGCUGGAGGCUUCGGCGCUGGAGGCUUCGGCGGCGCUGGAGGCUUUGGCGGCGCUGCUGGCCAUGGAUGCGGACCGGGAGAAGUUGUCCACGUCGACGGUAGCUGCGUCCAACCCCGUGUAAACCGCCGCGUGUUCGUGUACGAUGUGCCCGAGACCCCCAAGGUCUACGGCCCUCCCCCGCCCAUCCCGAGCCCGUCGUCGAGCACAAACAUCCUCCUCAUCCGCACUCCCGACGAAGGUCCCGGUCCCGACCCCCUGGUCAUCCCCCCACCAAGCCAGAAGAACAUUGUGUACGUCCUCAACAAGCAGUCCGAGGAAGAACAGCGUGUGAUCGAGGUGCCCUCUCAACCUCCCACCAGUCCUGAAGUCUAUUUCGUCAACUACGCAGAAGGCGAGAACCCUACCCUCCCCAGCGGCGUUGACCUGCAGAGCGCCCUCGGAUCAGCUUCCCAGGGAGGCGGCCAAAUUAUCGGCGGAGGUAUCGGAGGUACUGGAGCAGGAUUCGGUGCCGGAGCUGGCUUCGGUGCUGGCUCUGGUGCUGGUUUCGGUGCUGGAUUCGGAGCUGGCGCUGGAGCUGGAGCUGGAUUCGGAGCUGGCGCUGGAGCUGGAGCUGGAUUCGGAGCUGGCGCUGGAGCUGGAUUUGGAGCUGGCGCUGGAGCUGGAGCUGGAUUCGGUGCUGGAGCAGGUCACAGCGCUGGCUUCGGUGCUGGAGCAGGUCACAGCGCUGGCUUCGGUGCUGGAGCAGGUCACAGCGCUGGCUUCGGUGCUGGAGCUGGUCACGGCGCCAGCUUCGGCGUUGGCACUGGUGCUGGCUUUGGUGCCGGUGCUGGAGCAGGCGCUGGCUUCGGUGCGGGCGUCGGGGGCGGCGUGGCUCAGCCCUCAGGUCUGUACUCCGCACCUUAG